UGCUGUUAAGCAUUUUUUAUUUGAUAUCCAGAAUCAAUUAAAAUUUUUAUUAGAUAAAAUAAAUAGUUAUGUAGAAAUGAAUGUGGAUACUAUUCCCGAUAAUUACGAACAUCGGUGUCAUAUAUGUGAGGAGGGGUUUAAUUAUGAUGAUAUCAGAGUAAGAGAUCACGAUCACUUAACAGGUGAUUUUCGCGGAAUAGCUCAUAACCAUUGUAAUUUAAAUUAUAGAUUCAAAAAAUUUAUUCCUAUUAUACUACAUAAUUUUACAGGUUAUGACUCCCAUCUGAUUUUCAAAAAUAUUCCUCCUAAACUAUUUUCGAGAAUUCAGAUUAUCCCAGUUAAUUCAGAAAAAUUUACUACGUUUACUUUAGAUCAUUUCAAAUUUAUAGACAGUUUCCAAUUUUUAAAUUCUUCGCUAACUACUUUAACAGAAAAUUUAAAAAAUGCAAAUUAUAAUUUUCCUAUUUUUAAUCAAUUUUUCUAUAAUAACGAAAAUAAAAAUUUAUUAAAAAGGAAAGGAAUUUUCCCAUAUUCUUAUUUUAAAAAUGAGGAUAUUUUAUACGAGAAAUGUUUACCCCCAAAAAAAUAUUUUUAUAACGAAUUAUCUGGAGAAAAUAUUAGCGAUGAUGAUUAUGAUCAUGCAAAAUUAGUUUGGAAAAAAUUUCGUUGUAAAAAUUUUAAAGAUUAUUUAAAAUUAUAUCAAUAUGUUGACACUUUAUUACUAGCUGAUAUAUUCCAAAAUUUUAGAAAAUUAAGUUUAAAAUAUUAUAAUUUAGAUCCAGUAUAUUUCAUAACAGCUCCAGACUUAACAUGGAAUUGUGGAUUAAAAAUGACAAAAAUUCAACUCGAAUUAUUUAAAGAUAUUAAUAUGUACCUUUUUAUUGAACAAGCAAUUCGCGGCGGAAUUAGCCUAACUUCGAAAAGAUUCGCGAGGGCCAACAAUCCUCUAAUUCCAGAAACCUAUGAUAAAAAUCAACGACAUAACUAUAUUAUUUCGAUAGAUGCUAAUAAUCUCUACGGAUUUGUGAUGAGUUCUUAUUUACCUGUAAAUAAUUUCAGAUGGUUAUCUGAGGAUGAGAUAAAUGCUUUAGACAUUUGUAAUAUUCCCGAUAGGAAUAAUAUAGGCUAUAUUUUAGAGGUUGAUUUAAAUUAUCCACCAAAUGUUCAUGACCGCCAUAAUGACUUACCAUUAGCUCCUAAUCAUACAUAUAUUCCAUUCGAUUUAUUAUCAAAUUAUCAAAAAUCGGUAUUAACUAAAUUAAAUUUAAAAUAUAAUAAUAAUAAUAAGAAAUUAAUUCCAACUUUGUUUGAUAAACAAAAUUAUGUAAUUCAUUAUAGAAAUUUAAAAUUUUAUUUAGAAGAGGGUUUAAUAUUAACUAAAAUUCAUCGAGUGCUUGCAUUUAAUCAAGAACCAUGGCUUAGAGAUUAUGUAUUGUUUAAUAAUAAAAAACGGCAGGAAUCAACGAAUGAUUUCGAUAAAAGUUUUUUCAAGUUAAUGAACAACAGUUUUUUCGGUAAAACCUGUCAGAAUGUGAGAAAGCGUUUAAAUUUAAAAACAGCCAUGACUGAAAAUCAAUGUCGAAAGUAUUUAUCUCACUCAGCUCUCGAAAAUUUCCAAAUUAUUAAUGAUAAUCUCACGAUUUUUAAAAUGAAAAAAAUUAACUUAUGUUUGGAUAAACCGAUUUAUAUAGGAUUUUGUGUAUUAGAAUUAAGUAAAUUGCAUAUGUAUCAAAUAUUUUAUAAAAUAUUUAAAAAUAAAUAUGGUGAAAAUGUGAAUUUGUUAUAUACAGAUACUGAUUCACUAACACUUCAAAUUUAUACGAAUAAUUUAUAUAAUGACUUUAAAUCAUUUCCAGAUAUUUUUGAUUUCAGCAACUACCCUAACACACAUGAAUUAUUUGAUGUAACAAAUAAAAAUAAGCUUGGAUAUUUUAAAGACGAGACAGCGUCUAAACCUAUAAUAGAAUUUUGUUCAUUAAAACCGAAAAUGUAUUCGUAUAUUUUCGAUAAUCAAAAUAAAAAAACAGCUAAAGGAAUUAAAAAAUCUGUUGUUAAAACCUUUAACCACGAAAAAUAUAAAGAAGUUUUAUUUAAUACUGAGCUAUUAAGACAUCAGCAGUAUGGUAUUAAAAGUAAAAACCAUAUUGUAACAACAUAUCUUCAGAAUAAAAUAUCACUCUCCCCGUUUUACGACAAAAAAUUUAUUUCUGAUAAUGGUAUAGAUGUGAUAUCGUUCGGACAUUAUACUUUUUAUAUUUAAAUUCUUCCAGAUUCUCUGAUAUCAUCUCCCCCCCAAUACGGUUACAUAUUAUUGUACAAGAGGAAACGAAAUUCAAAAACUUGUUUAAUACAUGGUGUUUCGAGUAAAACAUAUCGUUGUUUAAAACAAGCUGUAAAUAAAGCUGGAUUAUUUAAAUUACCAAAUAAUAAGAAAUACUUUUGUAAAUUUUUUGUAUUGACUAACCAAAUAACUAUGAUGUUAUGUAAUAAUAAUUUUAUAAAAUGUAGUUGUUCUAACUGUAAUCGUACUUUUUAAAAAUGUUGUAACCAUGUUUAUAUAUAAUAAAACUAUAUCCUAAUACAGAGUUUUUUUUAUAGAAUUCAAACACAUUACACCACUCGAAUGGGAAAAGUUUUCGAGUUUACCGAUGGACGAAAAUAAUAUCAAACGUUUUAAAAACUAUAUUAAAUGGGGAAUUAUAAGCCAAAAAACUGAUUUAAGCAGAGACUUCAUUUCUGAAUUUGCUGAUAAUUUAAACUGGGAGCUAAUAUGGAAAAAUUAUAUAUUCACCACUACGUUUAUCGAAAAACAUAUUAAAUACGCUAAAUGGAAUAUAAUUUCCGAACACCAAUUAUUAGACGAAGAAUUCAUGGAUAAGUUUUCGGACUAUCUUAAUUGGGAUAAAAUAGCAAAAUUUCAACUUCUCUCCGAUAAUUUUAUUAAGAAAUAUAUUGAUAAAUUAAAUAUGAGAAUAGUUUUAAAAUAUCAGCGAUUAAAUACCGAUACUCUACGGGAAUUACAAGAUUUUCUCCACUGGGAUUUGGUUUCUCGUUAUCAAAUACUGAACGAAGAUUUUAUUCACGAUUUUAAAUACCAUCUUUUCUGGUGUUAUAUUAUUAAAUAUCAGAAACUAGAUCAUAAAUAUAUUGCUGAAAACUCUCACAGUUUGUUAGUCUACAUACUUCAGGAUAUUUGUAACAUU